UGGGUCGUUGGGUCAGCGUAUCGACUAGCCAAUGAUGGUGCAAGUGUAGGAGCUAGCGUUGGUGCUUCGACACAGAACACUACCUCUUUUCCCGAAGAUAUAGUGCAACUGGCUCGCCGAGCCAAAAUGAAUACGGAGGUCCGAAGGAACAUUUUCUGCACCGUAGCUACAUCCGACGACGAGGAUUCGGCUUUCGAACGCCUCGUUCGCCUCUCCCUGAAGGGUCAGCAGGAGCGUGAAAUCAUUUAUGUACUGAUCAUGAUGUCGCUGAAGGAGAAAAAUUUCAAUGCUUUCUAUCCGAUGCUGAUUGCGCGGUUUUGCGACUUUGAUAAGCGUUUUGUGCUAACGACGCAGUAUGCUCUAUGGGAUCGUAUUCGAGAGGUGGAUUCACUCAAACUUCGGGCUCGUACUCGUCUGGCGGAUUUGAUUCAUCACCUAAUCUCGAAUGAAGUGUUACCGAUCACCAUUCUGAAGGUGGUGGAGUGGGGCACAUUGACAGCUGGUGUGUCCUCGGUGAUUCGCAGAGUCUUCAAACUUCUAUCUUCUUCAUCCGUCACUAAAGUUCGUCGGGUCUUUACACCGUUACUCGUUAAUAAGGAUAAAAAUUCAUUGUUAAUAGAAGGUUUGCGGUUAUUCUUGAGUGUGAAUUUCCCAGAUAGUGAAGUUUAUACGAAAAUUGAGGAGUCUUUGUUUAGCAGUUGA